AUGAAUGACUACUCCCUGUUUACAAAGUCUACUCCUACUUCUCUUACUGUACUAGAUAUGUAUGUUGAUGAUAUCUUACUAGCUGGGGAUGAUGUUGUUGAAUUGGAUUGUGUUAAGCUAUUUCUUGACCAACAAUUCAAAAUAAAGGAUUUGGGAAGAAUCCAUUAUUUCCUUGGUUUGGAAGUCACUAAAUGUCCUGAAGGAUACAUCAUCAGCCAACAGAAGUUCACACAGGACUUGCUGGCAGAAUUCCACUGUCAUAAUUUUCCCCCUGUUGUGACUCCUCUUGAUACUUCUGUCAAGUUGUCUGCUGAUAUGGCUCCUCAAGUUCCUCAUAUGCUUGCUGCACUCCAUGCCCUGAGGUAUCUGUCCAAUGCUCUUGCUUUAGGGAUUCUUCUUUCUUCCUCUUUUGAUACCUCUAUCAAAGCCUACUCUGACUCUGAUUGGGCUGCCUGUGCUGAGUCAAGAAGGUCUGUUUAUGGUUUUUAUAUUACACUUGGUGGCUCACCAAUCUCCUGGAAAAGCAAGAAGCAACCCACUGUUUCAUUGUCUUCUGCUGAAGCAGAAUACAAGGCUCUCAGAAAAGUGGUUGCCGAGGUGUCUUGGUUGGUCAAGAUACUAGAUGAUCUUGGUUUACAUGUUUCUGCUCCUGUUCCCAUCUAUUGUGACAGUCUUGCAUUGCCAAGAAUCCGGUCUUCCAUGAAAGGACAAAGCAUAUCAAAAUUGAUUGCCACUAUUUCUGCCCAGCUUGCUGAUAUUAUGACCAAGCCACUUCCUGGGCCACUUCAUCAUUAUUUGCUUGGCAAGCUUGGUAAAUUUGUGCCUUUUGAUAGAGUUCCCACCUCCACAGCUACAGCUAGCAUUAGGAGAUUGGAGAUGUAUGAGUACCUGUUCAUUCAGUCGAUGAAGUUGUAA